UUCCAACUUCCAUGUUAUAGCCCGGCCGGCGUUGGGUUGGGGGGGGUCUUUCCUUCCCCGACUGACUUCUUGACAAUAGCAACUUCCAGAUCUGAAUAACGGAACAACAGUCAUUGGCAACCAGCAAAGCCCUGUUACUUUUCUUCUUUUGCUUGCUGUGCAACUUGUCCGUCUGUAAACAUCAUCUUAAUCUUCUUCCACCCAUCAUCGCCGACUUACAAGUGACCUCAUCUCAUACCAACCAUCUGGCAACUAUCAGCAUCCGCAGUCAAUAACAGAUCACUAAAGAUGGAGGAACAAAUGGAUCGCCUGGUCGAGAGGGCAUGGGACAAGUUUCUCGACACACCCACGGAUCAGAGACUCUUGAUUGCCAUAGCAGGUAUCCCCGGCUCCGGAAAAACAACCCUCUCCCAAAUUCUCGCUCGCCGCCUAAAUAUCCUGCACGCCACCGAAUAUCCCCUUGCUUCCAUGUCUCCAGACUUCGCCACUGCCCUCCCCAUGGACGGCUUCCACCUCACGCGCGCCCAACUGUCCGCCAUGCCCGACCCGGAACUCGCACACGCCCGACGCGGCGCGGAAUUUACUUUUGAUGGACAGGGGUUUUAUGAGCUGGUGAAGGAACUACGAAAGCCAGUGGUGACAACGGCAACCAGAACAACGGUGUGGGCGCCUAGUUUCGAUCAUGCGUUGAAGGAUCCGGUGGAGAAAGGGAUCGAGGUGGGACCGGAGAUGAGGGUGGUGGUUUUUGAAGGGAAUUACCUCCUACUAGACCAAAAACCCUGGUCUGAUGCUGCCAAAUUGAUGGACCUCAAGUUCUUCGUCAGAGUGCCGUUCCCCGUGGCCAGGAAACGGUUGGUCAAGAGACAUUUGGCUGCUGGGAUCGCGGCCACAGAGGAGGAGGCGGAUAAGAGGGCGGUGGAGAAUGAUUUGGUCAAUGGGGCUCUAAUUGAGGAGUUAUUGAGGGAGGAUGAGGUGGACGAGGUUGUGGAGAGCUUGGAGGAUGGGAAGUGGGUGCACACUUAGGUAGUGAGUGACGAGAGUGACGAGAGUGAAGUGACGAAAGUGACGAGAGUGACGAAAGAGAGAGUGACGAAAGGGAGAGUGACGAAAGGGAGAGUGAC